AUGGGUCUUUGCAUCUACCACUUUCACUCUAAAAAUAGCCCCUUUCAUCUAUCUCUUUCUUGCCAUAAAAGAUUGACUCUCAUCUACUCUUAUGACAGUAGCCCCUUUCCUCUAUCUCUUUCUCUCUCAGUAGCCCCUUGCCUCUAUCUCUUUCUUUCUCAGUUCCCAUUUUUUUUUUCUCUCUCUCCUCUCAGUUUGCCUCUAUCUCUUUCUCUCUCAGUUCCCCUUUCCAGGACAAUGCCCCCUUUCCUCUGGGUCCUCUCUGUUCCCCAUCUACCACUUUCACUCUUAGUAGCCCCUUUCAUCUAUCUCUUUCACUCUCAGAAAUCUUUUCUUUCUCAUCUCUCUUCACUCUUAGUAGCCCCUUUCCCUGUCUCUUUCUCUCAUCCUUUCAUCUAUCUCUCUCUCCUCCCUUUCAGUAGUGACCCCUUGCCUCUCAUCUCUUUCUUUCUCAUUCCUCUUUCAUCUAUCUCUCUCACUCUCAGUAGCCCCUUUCCUCUAUCUCUUUCUCUCUCAGUAGCCCCUUGCCUCUAUCUCUUUCUUUCUCAGUUCCCCUUUCAUCUAUCUCUCUCACUCUCAGUAGCCCCUUUCCUCUAUCUCUUUCUCUCUCAGUUCCCCUUUCAUCUAUCUCUCUCUCUCCUUCUGGUUUUCUCAGUUCCCCUUUCAUCUAUCUCUCUCAUUCUCAGUAGCCCCUUUCCUCUAUCUCUUUCUCUCAUUCUUUCAUCUAUCUCUCUCACUCUCAGUAGCCCCUUUCCUCUAUCUCUUUCUCUCUCAGUUCCCCUUUCAUCUAUCUCUCUCACUCUCAGUAGCCCCUUUCCUCUAUCUCUUUCUCUCUCAGUAGCCCCUUUCAUCUAUCUCUCUCACUCUCAUAGCCCCUUGCCUCUAUGUCUUUCACUCACCUUAAUCCAUUUCAUCUAUCUCUUUCACUCUUUUAUAGCCCCUUUUAUCUAUCUCUUUCACCCUCAAUAG